AUGGGACUAAGCAGGACACUUGGAGGAAUAUAUAGACGAGGGACUUUUGAGCUGAAGAAAUGGAAGUAUGAUGACGUCGCGACUACAACCAAGCAAAUAGACUCAGCACAACUACUGGGUGCUGUAAAUACCAAUCAUGAAAAUAAAACUAACAAGGUACAUGAUUCGGAUUUACCCGUAGGACAACGGUAUUCCAAGAACUUCAAAUUAUCAUCGUAUUUCGGCAUUCUGUGCAUUUUACUGCUUUCAUGCAUCUGUUACUUCAGAAUACUUGACGGAGCAGACUCUUCGCAAUGCAGACCAAUCUAUAUGUAUCCAUCAUAUGCCAGAAUUGAUGGAUUUGAUACAAGAUUCAACACUUUGGCUAAAAAAUAUCACCUUUAUCUUUACCGUGAACAGGGUUUAGAUACGGAGCCCUUAGCUGAUCAGGAAAUCCAGCUAGAUGGGAUCCCAGUAUUAUUCAUACCUGGAAAUGCAGGCAGUUUCAAACAAUCAAGAUCAAUAGCCUCCGAAUGUGCAAACAUAUUUUUCAAGUCAAGGGACGAUAUAGAACACGCUAACACAAGAAAUUUAGACUUUUUCACCGCUGAUUUUAACGAGGAUUUCACUGCUUUUCAUGGUAGAACAAUGCUAGACCAGGCAGAGUAUCUCAAUGACGCAAUUAGGUACAUCCUGGCUCUUUACCAGGAAUCGGCAAGUUACAAGAAUUCCGAUAUGCCUCUGCCACAAUCGGUACUAAUUGUCGCGCACUCCAUGGGUGGGAUUGUCGCAAGGUUGAUGCCAACUUUGGAAAAUCAUAUUGCAGGCUCAGUUAAUUCAAUACUUUCUCUGUCCACCCCACAUGCUGCAUCACCGGUAACGUUCGAUGGCGAUAUCUUGAAAAUUUAUAAAAAAAUUAAUGACUACUGGAGAACCCAACUGGAUGAUGAAAGUUCUUUUUUCUCUCAAAAUAUGUCCCUGGUCUCAGUUACUGGUGGCAUAUCUGACGAUGUGUUGCCAGCAGAUUAUGCUGCCGUACAUGAUUUGCUACCUCAAACCAACGGAUUCACUACUUUUACUACAACAGUCCCACAAGUCUGGACUCCUAUUGACCACCUUGCAAUUGUAUGGUGCAAACAACUAAGAACUAUUAUUGCAAAACUGUUGUUGGAGAUGGUUGAUUUAAGAACACAUAGCAAAACAAGACCAUUAAAUGAGAGAAUUCAAUUGUCAAAGAACUUUUUACUUUCUGGGUUUGAAAGUUACUUCAUUGAAGACUCUCCAAUAAGAAACCCCAAAACAAUGGCUAUGAACAUUGAUACGACCUUUUCAAGCGGAACUACUGAGCUGCAGGCCAAUCAGACAUUGACACUCAAAAAAAAUACUCUAACUGAGGAACACAAAUUUUAUAAAGUAGUAUUACCAAAGAACAAAAACCAUCCAUAUAGUUUCAGUCUUAUAACUUCACUAGACUCAGUCAAAGUGUUGUUUUGCUUUACAAACCCGAGGACUUCAACUUUGUCGAGUAUAAGAUGCGUUGAUGGAAACAACAACAUGAGGAUUGUACCGAACUCUUCCGAAGAAACCAAAUACCCAGCGGAUUCAUCUAUUGGAGAGAGUAUGAGACAUUUUAAGCUCCUUACUGUUGGUGGUCAAGAUUUAGAGUCGUACGAUUUCAUAAUAAUUGAAAAGCCUGAUGAAGGAGCAUUUCAAACAGAUGAUGAUUUUGUUGAGGCAUCUCUAGCUGCAAAUGAGGAAGUAAUAGUUGAUAAAGUUUCACCACUUCAUUUGUUUUUCAAAGGCAGAACUAUCAGACUGUACUCCGAUAAUACUUUAUUGACAAAAGAUCUACAAUUUACUAACUUGUGGGACUCACUAUUUUCGUACAGGUUAAGAAUAAAGGGGCAGACAGGAAAGAACUCUGCAUUUCAGCCAUUUAUACGUCAAUGGAUUAAUGAACCUUUUGAAACAAAAUGGCAUUUAAACAUCCUACAUAACAAUAAGGUGGACAUAAAUUUUCAUAACGUUGCACCAUUUAUACCGGUCAACAUAAGUGCACCAAAGCCGCUUCAUUUAUCUACAACACUGCCACAUGAUACAAAAAUUGAGAUAACCUUGAACAUCAAUUGGAGCUUAACCAUGAAAAUGCUCUUCAUAAGAUACAGGCUUGCUAUUGCAUCUUUCCCCACUUCAAUACUUGCACUAAUAAUAGCAUGCCAAUUUUAUACUUAUUACAAAUCAUCUAAGUUUGUUUCCUUUCCUUCAAUGCUGAGCCAUACAUUGGAAAAAUAUGGGAUUUCUCUUCUCUUCAUUUACAUGAGUUUGUCACCACUAGUCAACUUAGAAUGCAUACAAAGGCUUCUAUAUUUUUUUGAUCCAAUAAAGCUGAACAAACCAUUUUUAUUAGAGAAUAAGAGGAUGUUAACUAACUUUUACUUUUUAGGUAUCAGAAGCUGGCUUAUGUCUUGGAUUGGACCAUUAUUUGCUACGAUGGCCGUUGGUGCACUAUAUGCCAUAUGUAAAAUAAUUGAUCUUUUAACAAUUUUGGCAAGGAACUUUGUAAGUGGUAGAUCAGUCAAAAGAAGCACAACCAGGGUUUUUAUUGAUAGGUACAGAAUUUUAUCAUGCUGUUUAUUAGCCGCCGGUGUUGUUUUUUACAUACCGUAUCAGUUGGCAUACGUGAUAUGCGUCGUUAUCCAAUUAGGUACAUGUUUGAGAGUCAUGCUAGGAACUGAGGACAAAAAUUUGCUAAAUUACAACGUAUCUCUUUUAUUAUUAAUGCUAUUUACCAUGGCCAUAGAAAUACCCACUAUUAUUGUCUUUUUGCACAAUGUCUCAAUCGGAUGGGAAGCUACAUUUAACUCGCAUCACAAUUCUAUGUCAAUAUUACCUAUAGUCAUGCUUGUCAGUUCGAAUUCCAACUUUAACAUGCCACAUUUUGGUAAAAGUUCAAUUGACUGGCAUGCUAUUUCAGCUUUAUUAGGUUACAUGAGUAUUUUUUCGUUAAUUUAUGGAAUUAGGAAUUUAUACUGGAUUCAUUAUAUCCUGAACAUAGUAUUUUGUUGGCUUUUUUAUGGGUCUAUUAUGAACUAUGUAAACGCUAUAUAG